AAUUAUCGUAAUUAACUCGUUUAUGUGUUGUGUGCUAAUCCAAUUACCAAGUUCGCGCAGGAUGCCCCCAAUCUUGGCGAGCGCAAAUACAGGAAUUUAAUUCAAUCAUCGCUCAAUUGGCUCUGACAACUGAAGAAUUCAGUUUGACCUUAAAAUUCAAUUGAAUUCCCCUAACCAAUAUCAAUCUGCAAUUAGUCGAAAGUGUUUCUGCAAAUUGAUUGAAAAGUGAAAGUCCGAAUUCCAUUCGUUAGCCAUGUUGAACUAUCAGCCACAAUUGCACUCGCUGCCCGUCGGCACAAACAGCAAUUUCUACUACGGCCCGACGGGAUCACAUGCCCUGACAUCCGCCGGUGAAUCCUAUCCAUCGCACAAUCUCGAUGCUGAGGACAAACUCCACGACCGCGCUGGCACUGCCAGGGAUCUGGACAAAAUGCAUCGAUUCUCGGUGGAUAAUCUCAUCGAACUGAAGCACGAUGCCUAUGCCAAGGGCAAGCUUUCCAUGGAAAUCAGUAACAAUUACGGCGGUGGCGGCCCCAGUGGUUGCACCAGCAAUCUCUCGACGGGACACUCGAGGAAACCGCGACGGAAUCGUACCACCUUCAGUUCUGCCCAGCUAACGGCCCUGGAGAAGGUGUUCGAGAGAACCCACUAUCCGGAUGCGUUUGUGCGCGAGGAGCUGGCCACCAAGGUGCAUCUGAGCGAGGCACGAGUGCAGGUCUGGUUUCAGAAUCGCCGUGCCAAAUUCCGACGCAACGAACGUAGCGUGGGCGCCCGCCCGCUGCUGGACAAUGCACCCCAACUGGUGCCAGCGCCCCUCAGCAAUAACAUGCACAAAUAUGCGAAUUUGAGCCACCCACCGCCACCACCACCACCGCCCGGGGCAUAUGCCCUAAACUUUGCGCCGCUGGAGCUGCGCUCGUGCCAGAACUACACGAACUGCUACGCAGGAUUCGGUGCGAAUCCUUCGAACGGCAACGGAAUGUGCUCCUUUUUUGGGGCCACCAACUAUUGUGUGGCAGCCAACUAUGCCAAGAAUGCUUAUCCGCCGCUGUGAUGACGACAGCGAUUACGAUGGCAAUGGCAGACGUUUAAUGGGCCCCAUGAGGUUACUUUGUGCACUCACAUGUGUGUAUUUCAAUUAGCUAAAUUGCAUUAAUGUUUAAAAAUGUAUUAAAAAAUAACAUAUUCACCUACCUGACUAAUAUUUAUAUUUAUACGAUGCCAAAUGA